CGUUAACCACGGCCACCACAAGUCGAUAUAUGUGUCCAGUGACCGUUAGUUGACACCUUUAUGGAUGUUUACAUCACCGUCGUCAACCUCCGGGCAACGCUUAGCAACCCGAGUCUGUUCAAUUAAACCACAGUCAGUCUGCUCACUGUGGGCAUGCUACACUUUAAAACCUGAUCAAUCAAUCACUAGAUAUUUAAAGUGUUAUGUUAAAUAAAGAGCAGCGGGGAAACUGGACACUGGUAGCUGCUCUUUGUUUUGUUUGGGAGAGCAGGCCACCAUGUGUUUGUGUUGAUGUAAUUAAAAUAAACAACUCAAAAUGAUCUAUAGUUUGUGAAAAGAGGCACCACACAGAUGAUUAAUGGAUAUCAAUAAGGAGGCUGUGUAAACUUAUCAGGCAGAAGCACAAACUGGAGUUUGUUUUCUGUUUUGAGAGCAAGUUUAAGAUAUGUGAUGGUGAUUUUUGGGAAGAGUUUGACCAUAAAAGUCCACUUAUUGUCCACUGGUAUCUAACAUUCAGACAGCACUGUGGGUUUAUCACACUAACAAUCAUUUUUCUUUACAGAUUCACUUGUUGAUUAUUUCAUUUUCAUUGAUCUAUGAAAUAUGGGGAAAUCCUCUGAUAGUCCAAAACUCAAAGAUAUUCAGGUUACCACAUUUAUAUAUAUAUAUCUUAACAAAUCAACCAAUAAUCACAUUUGAGAGGCAGGAAGCAGUGAUAUUUUUUUUGCCAGUUUUGUUUGAAAGUGAUUAUGAAAAUUAAUCUACUAAUUGUUUCCGCUCUUGGGUUUAUUAGGAGCUGAGGUUGGAUUGGAGAGAUACUAUAUGUAUGCUCUGGAUGAUGCAACACGACAUAUAAAACAUAAAGGCCGCUGAUAGGCAAUUAUUAUCUGUCUGUAAAUAUCCACCACUGAAGCACAGUGUUAAAUCAAAUUGUAAGAGCAGGUGGUACAUUUUUUUUACAAGACCGUUUUUGAAUUAUUACUUUUAUUGCACUGCAUUGUCGAUAUGAACAGGAAAGACCGAAUAUAACAUGCAGCAAACGUCCCUCGCUGGACUCAAAGUGGGGAUGUCAUAUUUAUAUUUUAUGCAUGCAUGCAUCUUACCUACGAGGUCACCGGGAGGCUCCAGUCCUACAGUUUUACCUUAUCUAGAGGCUGUGGUGUACAGGUUUAUGUACAAUAUUAUUAUUAUUAUUAUUAUUAUUAUACAUUUAUGUUUAAUUAAAUUACCACAAACCAACUGACACACGGUGAACCAGGGGUUAGGGUAUUAUAACAGAAUAGGAGAACUGGUUGUUUUCUGGAUUCUCUGGAUGAAACAUUAUGAAGCUGUCUGCAGUCGGCACUGUAUCUGAUGCACAUACACGAUGCAUAGAGAGUGGCAGAGUACAUCUGAUACAUGUCAAGCUGCUGCUACUACGUGUUCUGUCAUUUCUUAGGGCUUCGUAGAGAAAGAUGAUCUUGAUCAAGGUCCAGUCAAAGAAAAAGACAGUUAAGGAUGCAGGAGCCCAACAAUGGAUUUCUCCUUCUCUUUCAUGCAAGGGAUCAUGGGAAAUACAAUUCAGCAACCCCCUCAGCUCAUUGACUCAGCCAACAUCAGACAGGAAGGCACCUGCGACACCGGCAGUGACCCGGGCGAGGAUGGUGGACGCUCCUACAAUGAUGCUGCCCUGGAUGCGGAGUUUUCCUACCCGCCUUCGGCCUCGGAGGACAUGUCGCAGGUCUCCAACGGCUACCCGCCGGGUCUGGGAAUGUACGAGCCGCAGGCCAAGUUCUCGAUGUACUCGCAGUUUCCCAACGGCUCGGCUAACGGCUACGGGGCCAUACGGAGCUACGGAGAUCACGGCCUCAUGCCGGGGGAGGGGACGGUCCUGAGAGGUCCUGGCCUCCAGGAGAGACCAUUGUCUCCCGUGUCUCCCCCUCUGCCCACACAUCACCCACACCUCCACCACCAUCACCAUCUCCCCCAUCACCACCACCAUGCACACCACUUCCACUCAAACCCACCACAUUUACAAACCCACCCGCACCCACAGAGUCCUCCGCCGCCGCCGCUGCCCUCCCAGCACCACUUGUCCCAAACGCCUCACAUCAUGACCCACACUCUACCCCCUCCUCCCCCAUUACACCUGCCUUCCUCCAGUCCUCCGCCCUCCCUUGUGGACAGUACCCCUUCUUCUCAACCCUCUCAUGUCCCGUCCAACACCCCCGGUGGGGUGCUGAAGAAGACCAGCUCUCCAGAGAUCAAACUGAAGAUCAUAAAGACGUAUCAGAACGGAAAAGAGCUGUUUGAAUCUGCGCUGUGUGGAGACCUGCUGCAAGAACUGCAGAAGGAGUCUCAGAAGAACGAUGCCGCUCAGAUGCAGCGCAGACAUGAGAGGAAGAAGGAGAAGAGGAAAAAGAGUGCGAGGCUGCAGCUGCAGGUCCAUGAACAGAGCCUGGACGAGAGCCAAACACAGGCAGGUACCACGGGCCAGACGGAGGACAUCCACAUCGAGCCCCAGCAGAUAGAAACACCUCCAGUGCAGACGGAGAAGCCUCAGAAGACCGUUAUCAAAACUGAACCAAAGACGCCGAAGGUUCCGAAGGUCCAUCAUCCAUCAGUGAUCCAAGAGACGGGCUUCUGUAAGGAGUUUGUGAUUGGAGAUCUGGUGUGGUCCAAAGUGGGUACCUAUCCCUGGUGGCCCUGCAUGGUCUCCUCUGACCCACAGAUGAAGGUCCACACUCGCAUCAACACCAGAGGUCACAGGGAGUAUCACGUCCAGUUCUUUGGCAGUGUCGCUGAGCGGGCCUGGAUCCAUGAGAAGAGGAUAGUCAUGUACCAGGGGAGGCAACAGUUUGAUGAGCUUCAGGCUGAGACUCUGCGUAAAGCCUCAAACCCUGUAGAGAAACACAAACUUCUGAAGCCUAUCCCUCAGCGGGAGCGUUCUCAGUGGGAGGUGGGUGUGGGCCACGCAGAGGACGCCUUCGUGAUGUCGCGGCAGGAGCGGAUCGACAACUACACCUUCAUCUACGUUGACCCGGAACCUAAUGAAACCCCGCCCAGCAAGAAACCCAACAUCCGAGCUGAGAAACGAAGCCGGCGCUCCAGCGGCUCGCUCAGUAAGAAGGAAGACGGAGGAGUGAAGUCACCCGACAGAGAGCAGCCGCCACGGAGGCAGCUGCCACGCAGGCAGUGUAGUAUUUCAAACGCAGACGACAGCACAAACUCCCAGGCCUCAAAUGAAGAGAAGAACCAGAGGGGGGACCAGCGUAAGACCAGCUCCCCAAAGCAGAACUCCGGUUGUGAUCCACGAGUGCGGCAGGACUCACCGCCACCGGUCAGGGCCUGGAAAACGGCAGCAGCCAGAAAGCUGCUGCCUCUCUCCAUCACCAUGAAGAGGCUCAAUGUGGAGAUCACAAAGUGUGACUGGCCUCUCCUGCAGAAAAAAGCCGCUGCGUCUCCGAAAAAAGACAAAGAAGAAGAGAAGGAGGAGAGAGUGGAGAGAGAGGCCAGGCAGCCCGACCUGGGAUACUGCUCCCCCGAGGACAGCAGAGCUAAACCUGAGCCCAGUCCUGAGGAGGAGGAAGACGGGGACGAAGGGGAGGAAGAGGGGGAGGAGAGAGAGGAGCGGAGAGGCUCCCCCGCCAGUCGGAGGAGCGAGGAGGGAGGAAUGCAGCCGACCUCCUCUCCUGGAUCCCACCACAGUAGUCCACACGGUUCUCAGGAGAGGAAGCUGCAGCGGCGGUCAGUCAGGAGCAGGUCUGAGUCAGAGAGAGGCAGCGAUCCCGUCCCUAAGAAGAAAACCAAAAAGGAACAGGCGGAGAUGGCUCCUGAGACCACACUGAGGACGGGCUCACAGAAAGGAGCCAGUGAGAUCUCAGACGCCUGCAAGCCCCUGAAGAAGCGAAGCAGAGCUUCAACAGAUGUGGAGAUGGCUUCUUCUCAGUACAGAGACACCUCUGAUUCUGACUCAAGAGGCCUCAACGAUCCACAGGGUUUAUUUGGGAAGAGUCUUGACAGUCCAGCAGCAGCAGAUGCAGAUGCUUCAGAUACUCAGUCCGUGGACUCUGGAUUGUCCCGUCAGGACAGCAGCACUGGCAAGAGAGACACCGUCUGCCAGAUCUGCGAGGUGUAUGGAGAGGGUUUGGUGGUGUGUGAAGGUGACUGCAACAGGCAGUUUCACCUGGAGUGUCUUGGUCUGACGUCCCUACCUGAAGGCAGAUUCACCUGCUUGGAAUGUAGAAAUGGCAAUCAUCCUUGUUUUAGCUGUAAAACGGCGGGGCGGGAGGUGACACGCUGCUCUGUGUCUGGAUGUGGUUGUUACUACCACGAGGAUUGUGUCCGUAAACUCCCCGGCGCCACCAGCAGUCCAGGCGGAGGCUUCUGCUGCCCCCAGCACAGCUGCUCUACCUGCUGCCUGGAGAGAGACUUGCAACGAGCCAGUAAAGGUCGUCUGAUGCGUUGUAUCCGCUGCCCGGUGGCCUAUCACACGGGAGACAGCUGCGUGGCGGCGGGCAGCGUCAUCCUCACCCAUCACAUCAUGAUCUGCAGCAGCCACGGCAGUGCCAAGAGGAACGGCCUCCUCACCUCUCCUGUCAAUGUGGGCUGGUGCUUCCUGUGUGCCAGAGGGCUGUUAGUGCAAGACCUUACUGACACCAUAUUAAGUUCAUAUGCCUAUAAGUCCCACUACCUUCUGACUGAGUCAAAUCGUGCUGAGUUGAAAUUACCUAUGAUUCCCUCUCCUUCGUCAGCUACCAAAAAGAAUGUUGGGAAAGGAGGCAAGUUGCUGUGCUGCGACUCAUGCCCGGCUUCCUUCCACCCGGAGUGUCUGGAGAUGGAGAUGCCGGAGGGGGCGUGGUCCUGCAGUGAUUGCAGGGCAGGGAAGAAACCUCACUACAAACAAAUUGUCUGGGUCAAACUGGGCAACUACAGGUGGUGGCCAGCGGAGAUCUGCAACCCUCGCUUGGUGCCGUCAAACAUUCAGAGCCUUCGCCACGAUAUCGGUGACUUCCCUGUCUUCUUCUUCGGCUCCCAUGACUACUACUGGAUCAACCAGGGCCGCGUCUUCCCCUACGUGGAGAACGACAAGAACUUUGUCACGGGUCAGAUCAACAUCAACAAAACCUUCAAGAAAGCUCUGGAAGAAGCAGCCCGGCGGUUUCAGGAGCUUAAGGCACAGAGGGAGAGCAGGGAGGCUCUAGAGCAGGAACGCAACUCUCGCAAACCUCCCCCCUACAAAUUCAUCAAGUCCAACAAGCCAGUGGGGAAAGUGCAGGUGCACGUAGCUGACUUGUCAGAAAUCCAGCGGUGCAACUGCAGACCAACAGAUGAACAUCCUUGCAGCCUCCAGUCUCAGUGUCUCAACCGCAUGCUGCAGUACGAGUGUCAUCCACAGGUGUGUCCUGCAGGAGACAUCUGUGAGAACCAGUGUUUUUCCAAGCGUCUGUAUGCAGAGACAGAAGUGGUAAAGACAGACGGAUGUGGCUGGGGCCUCAAGACCAACCAGGCCCUCAGGAAGGGUGACUUUGUGACGGAAUACGUGGGAGAGGUGAUAGACUCUGAGGAGUGCCAGCAGCGAAUCAAGCGUGCUCAUGAAAAUCACGUGACCAACUUCUACAUGCUCACCCUCACCAAGGAUCGUGUGAUAGACGCUGGCCCAAAAGGAAACUCUGCUCGGUUUAUGAACCACAGCUGCAGCCCGAACUGUGAAACGCAGAAGUGGACAGUAAACGGAGACGUUCGUAUCGGACUUUUCACCCUCUGUGACAUCGAGGCUGACACAGAGCUGACGUUCAACUACAACCUGCACUGUGUGGGCAACAGGAGAACGUCUUGUCACUGUGGAUCAGACAACUGCUCUGGAUUCCUCGGGGUGCAGCCGACGAGUGCUGUGGUGAUGGAGAAAGAGGAGAAGGCCAGGAACGCCAAGCUGAAGCCAAAGAAGCGGAAGCUGCGGCCAGAAGGCAAACACACACACGAGUACUUCUGUUUUUGCUGCGGAGAAGGAGGCGAGCUAGUGAUGUGUGACAGAAAAGACUGUCCGAAAGCGUACCACCUGCUGUGUCUCAACCUCACCAAACCACCAUAUGGACGUUGGGAGUGUCCGUGGCACGACUGCACCGUCUGUGGCGCCCCGGCCUCGUCUCUCUGUGACUUCUGCCCUCGCUCGUUCUGCCGGGAUCACGAGGCGGGGGCGCUCACCUCCUCCUCCCUCGAGGGUCGCCCCUGUUGCUCCAGUCACGACCCUGUCAGUCCCCUGGGCUCCAACUCCAGCUCGGCCCAGCCGCGCCGUUCCACUCUGAGCCCCGCCGGGGUCAAAGAGGAGCCAGAGACGGAGCCGGGCCAGCCGGCCACAGAGUGACACCGCAGCUCCCUCAAUACCUCGUUCCCUGUAAAGUGCACUCCUGUCGGCCUCCUGGGCUCCGACCCACCUCUGAUCUGAAGCAGUGCGCUACGAAAGGGAAUACAGUGCUUUUUGACCAGUGCGAUGGCCCCCUAUUCAGAGACGAGACACACUGGUGAACACCUCGAUGCCGCUUGUGGAGAGAGCAGAGCGACGUGGCGUGUCGCAGGGGGAGUGUCCAGGCAUCAUUGUGCGCCGUUUUCCCUCCUCUCUCGCCAUAAAACACCACUACUAACGCUCUCUACAGCUCGCCUGCGCCCCCCCCAUCGCAGGGCCCAGACCACCACCUCAUUAUGUUUCUUUUGUUAAUUUUUACAGUUGUGGAAAUUUUCAAGUGUUGUCACUUUGCGUCAGUUACCGGCACUUUGAAGAACUCAACGAGUGAGGUGGAGGGAGAGGUAAGAGAGAGAAGAGGAGGAAGAGGAAGAGGAGGAAGGUAUAAAGCUGAACCCUCUCCACCACCACGCUGCUCCUCUCCUUGUUUACCUGCUGUAAGCUGUGGUCGGCAUCUCACGCACAGGAUGGCUGUACGGAGACGAGCCUUUUCUCCUCCUCCACAGCCAAUCAACACUCCCGACGUGAUCCACCAUCUUAUUUAUCUCUUCUUCUUGGAGGAAAAGACGGAGGGGGGGGGGGGAUGACCGAUUUUGUGCAAUUUUUUUCAGGACCACACUACAUUCCAACCUUCCUUAGACAUGAUUUUAAUAUACUUAUGGGUAUAGAUGAAUAUAAUUAUAUACAGUAUCUAUGUUUGUUAAUGUUUACAGACAGAUUCUCUCACUUCAUCUCGGUGAGUGGUGUAUUAUGUUUGUUUGUUUAGGUGUUAAGCAUUACGCAGACCUCCUUGUGAAAAUAGUCCUAUUAAGGUGAAAUAUAAUGGUAUAUAGUGUAAUGGUAUGACAUUACAGAAGUACUUGUGAUUUUCAUAUUGCCAGUCUCACUCGCCAUUGUGUACAUAUUUGGCUCAUACUAUUGUAAAGUACUUAAAGAUCAGGAGGGACAGAGCAUCGCCUCUCUGGUUGUUCCUGGAAGAAGGAAACGCUUUUUUAAACAACAAGACAGAUCCUUUUUAUUUUCUUUUUUCGAUAAACUUCUGUUCCCCACAUUUCCUCCGAGCAGUUACUGUUAUUUGUAUUGUAGAUGGAGGGGCUCAGCUUGUGAUCACUGGUGCUGUCUUAAAGUAUUGUUGAUCAGCCUUAAGUUGGAUUCUGGCUGUAGCAACUACUGCCCAGAUGCAGUUCAUUUCAGUAACGUCGUGUACUGUGACCGCUUUGAUGCUUGUUUUUCUCUCUCUCUCUCUUCAGUUUUUUUUUUGUUUUGCCAAACUUUUUCUGAAAAGCACUUUUACACAGCUUGUCGCUACACAAUUUAGCUAGGUCAUACAUAUACAGAAAUGUAUAUUAAAAGAACAUAAGACAAGUGUUUCAAAAUGGAUACCUCUUCUUCUUGUAGUAACGUCGGAAUUUAAACUGUGUUGUAACUUUUUUCCUCUCGGUCAGAAACGCGGUGAGUGCUGGGCGUGUUUUUGGGUUGUUGUUUUUUUUUGAGGAAAGUGGCCUGAAUGCUGUUGUUUUUUUGGCACAAGUAGGAAUGACUGCCAGCCUGGCUUUGUACAAAAAAAAAGUCAUCCGUGUCCACGAGAGGCACGUUGUCAUUUUCCACCUGGAGAACAUCCUCAAGGCUGGGCUUUAUAUAAAGAUGUAAUGGUAUAACAACAGUCCAGUUCAGUAUAAUGUACAAAUACAAACUUCUGUACAGUGUUUUUAAUCGCUCAUCUGUCAAAUCCAAAAUUUUUUGUAUUUAUUGCACCACAUUUUAUACCAAUUUCUUUUUCAACCACCAGUGCAGUAAUUUGUCUCCCUCUCCACCACGGUGUAAGUGAAAUAGACUAUUUAAAAAAACACGGGGAGUUUUACAUGAUAUAUCUGUAUCUAGUCAUUGCAUACGUUUUUGUUGGUUUUUUAACAUUUUGGUGUAAUGAUUCCACAUUUGGUAAUGGCCGCUGCUCAUCGACCUGUAUCGUGACUCACUGUAAUUGGUGUUAAAAGCAGUGUGAAGCAGUUCAAUAUCGGAAUGUAAAGUUUCAGUUUCAGAGCAGUUUUUAUGCUUGUUUUGUUUUGUUUUGUUCUGUUUUUUGACUCAAGUGAUCAUCACAGCAGGAAGUUUAUCUGUAAUCAUCCCUCAGCCUUUUGCUUGUGAUUCCACCCUGGUCACAUGACAUGUUUGUUUGUGUUUUCUGCCCUUAAAAGAUGUUUGUUUAAAGCCUCCCGUCGUGGAGUUAAAGAGUCGAGCCACAGGGUGAAACGGUGCCAGUGUUUCCAAGUGAUUUCAGUUCCUUCAGGCUCUCUUUGAAUGCGUAGACUAGAUACUAAAUCAUGAAAAUAAAAGAAGGGGAGCCAUUUGAUGCAGAAAAGUGAGAAAACUCCAGGCAUGAUUUGAAACUUUCCCCCUUCAGCGGAUAAUUGUGAAAACGGCUUUCUAGUGUCAAACUCUGAGCUUAAAUCAUUCUGCACAGUGAAGUUCAAACACUGAUGUGAAGUAAUAAUAGGCAUGUUUGAGUGGAGGGGGGGUUUAAUAUGCUAAAUACAUGCACAUGACAUACAUGCCGACAGACAUAACACAGGCAAUUCAUCAAAUAAAGGACCAGAAAAAGGCUUUGACUAGGAAAGACUUGUUUUUUCUCUGUCCUUUAUGCCGUUAAAUGCCUGUUUUUUGCACAAAUUUAGACGAUUCAGUGUUCUCGCCUUUCUGCAUUCAACAACUAACUCACUUUCUUUCUGUUAUUAUCGAACCCUUUUUUAGGAAGCCUUUCCCAUAUUUUCCGUAGAUUCCUGAUUUUAAAAAAAGAUUAAACUUGCUGAUUUCCUCGUGCAACUAAGCACUGCUCCCAAUUUGCCAAACUCACAUUCAGAGACUCUUUAUUGCUCAGUUAGCUGUAGGAAUUAGGCCACUUCAGUACAAUAUGCUCAAUAUCAGGUAGGUGCAUCAUUAACGCACUUUUUACUUACAUACUUACAACAGUCUGUGUGUCUAAACUUGAAUUUUCUUUAUUUUUUUAUUUAUUAAUGUAUUAUUUUUUUAUAUAGGAUUCAUACUUGUGUGAUUAUCAGACCGCAGGAAUCCUUGACUUUUGUCAAAACUUGUCUGACUGAUGACUUGUGAUUAUAUAACUGGUCUUACAGCCUUUCUUUCUUCUCAAGGUGACUGUUCAGCUUCCAGCAUCAGACACUGGUUUAACCCACUUCUGUAUUCAGUUGGAGAGUCUUCGAAUGCCUGAUUUUAAUGCCAAUGUUUUGUUUUUAUUUGUGUUCCUUUUAUUAUUUUUUUUUAACCACAUUGCACAGAGUGUGCAAAAGAACCGAACAGCCUUUAUUUUUUUGCACCUACAGAUUGCAUGAUCAUGAAUUACUUUGUGCCAGUUUGUCCACUUCUGUCAGCUGAUACAGCCGCAGUAUUACGUAUGCCUAAUUUAAGUGUCCCAGCGUGCAACAUUUCAUUUUCUUAAAAAUACUAUCUGAUGUGUAUGUUUUGUUGGUUUAUUCUCAUUGUAGUGCCCACAUUUCUUUAAAGAGACAGCAUGUUUGUUCUCAGUUAAGUGACCCUUAAAUCGCCUGAGGAAGAUUUUGUCCAUGAAUUUUUGCUAAUUAUGAAUAUUUUUCAUGUACACGUAAAUUUAGGAUGGACCCCCCCCCAACCUCUUGUUUGUCAAAGGGUAUGUUUCAGUUAACUGUGACGUCUUUUGGUUUUUGUGCAAUGUUGCCGACUGUCAUUAAGGUUUUAUUUGACAUGCUGUCAGAGGAGAAAUAGUGUUGGAAUAAAUAAAUAAAUCCACCUUCAUAAGCACUCAUCUUUUUACUUGUAGUGAAAUUACUUACGGUAACUCUAACUGGGGUCAUAUCUAUCUCUCUUGGUGUUGCUUCAAUUAAAACGUGGAUGAACACAAAAUACCAUGUUGAUUACUGUUCAACCUGUGUUAAUGCAUACUGCAUAUUGUUGAAGAACCUGUAAAUAGUUUGCAUUGAACUUGCAUAGAAUCAUGUUACUGUGGCGUGCUCUCUUUUUGCCUGUACAAUUCUGCUUCUAAAUGUGUGUGACUGUUGAGACGACACUCUUUUUGUACAUGACUGUCUUUUUAUUUGAGAAUAUUGAUUCUGUCCUUUUUCAUUCUAAAGUUGAGUUUGAAGAGUUCAGACAUGCCUGAAGUUUGACUUUAAUAAAGCUGUACUCUGUCUCAGUGAAA